AUGAGCACGACCAGCGCCAGCCCGGUCAUGACCACGAUAGAGGAUGACAGCGCCCCCCUCCUUCCGCAUGAACUAAGCGCGCUCACGGCCCCGCCGCCGCUGCCGACAACGCCGCUGCCUCACAGGUCCAAGCAGCUGCCGCAGAAUAUCACGUCGACACACGGACAGACACCUCUGCCUCAACCCAUCGUCUCGCCCGCAGUCCCCGUCGUCCUCCAUCGCCAUCCCCCCCGCCAGACCUCACCUCUCGAGCCCUUUCCAGCCUUCGACCCGAGGGUGCGCCCUCUAGACGAGCCACCGUACUACUAUCUCGGGGCAGCUCAUCGCGACAACGGCAACGACGCGCCGCCCGCCGGCUCCGAACCUCAGCAACAGCAAUGUCGUGAACACGGCGGACAAGAAAACCACUACCCCAGCCCCAACGCCGCAAACACGCCCGCGCCCGCGCCCGCGACCUCGACGUCGACGUCGACCACAAGCCCACUUCUCUCCUCGCACGGAGAAAAGCUCAUGAUCCGCUGCCACACGCUGUGCGCGCUGGCGGAGCGACUCUUCCCGUCGACGUCGGCAUCCACGAACCGGAGGGCGCUGCUGUACCUGCACGAGGCGAAGCGGGUGCUGACGGCGCUGGAGAAGCAGAGCGGGAGGAAGCUCUGCGACUACAACUGCACCCCGCAGCAGCAGGCGCUCAUCCAGUUCUCGGCGGGGAACCUGCGCGAGAAGCUGAGAGUGUUGGAAGAGAGGAGCUUGGCGGAGAAGGAGGGGAGGGAGGCGGACGAGCUGAACGAGAAGACGGGGCGGGUGACGGCUUGGCUGGACGAGUUGUGA